AUGUUGCCCCAUACUAAAAAAAAUAUUUCUCAACUGCUUUCUUUUCUUCUCAUAUCUCUGGUGUUGAUUUUAGCAACUGUGCACAGGACAGAGAAGCUCUCCUGCUUGCACAAGAUUAAUCCCAUUCUUUCCCAAGAAGGGGACCUGGUGAUUGGGAUCUUUUUAUCCUUGCUCUCAGUUGAUGUGAACAGCCAAACAGGAGCAGAAUUAUUUGAAAGUCCUCCUCACAAAGCGUGUAAGCCUUAUCAGUGGCUGCCCAAAAAUUACCAACAGGUCCUGGCUUUAUUGUUUGCUGUGGAGGAGAUUAACAGGGAUCCCAAUCUGUUGCUCAACAUUUCCCUGGGAUUCCACCUCUACAAUACCUAUCAUAGUGAUGAGAGAACAUUGGAAAGCUCCCUACGGUGGCUAUCUGGACAGGGCCAGUUCAUCCCUAACUACAGCUGCAGGGAGCAGGACAAAUCUGUGGCUGUUAUUGGAGGCAUCACAUCAGCUCUCUCUGUCCAAAUGGGCACUCUGCUUGACCUCUACAAGUUUCCACAGAUCAGCUAUGGUCCAUUUGAUUCUGUUCUUAGUGACAAGGUUCAGUUUCCUUCUCUCUAUCAGAUGGCUCCCAAAGAUUCUUCUCUUCACCAGGGAAUUGUCUGCCUAAUUUCAUAUUUUAAAUGGAACUGGAUAGGUUUGAUUGCAACAGAUGAUAUAAGAGGUGAGGAAUUUCUCUGGAAAAUAAGAGGAGAAAUGACAAAGAAUGAUGUUUGCAUGUCCUUCACAGAAAAGAUCCCAGUCAGUGAAAGAAGACACAUGGAAUCACAUGAGAACUUCAUGCCCAGGAUUAUAGCAUCAUCAACCAAAGUGAUUGUUAUUCAUGGUGAUACAGAUUCAUUAAUGAUCCUAAGAUACUCACAAAUUCCUUUAUUCCCAGUACAAAAGGUGUGGAUUGUCACAUCUCACUGGGACAUUACCAUGAGACGUCUCCAUAGUGAAGGUGAUGCUUUCCAUGGGGCUCUCACAUUUUCAUACUUGACAAAUGAAAUUCCUGAAUUCAAGACUUUUCUUAAGACAAUUAUACCUUCUAAAUACCCAGAUGACAUUUUACUUAAGGCAUUCUGGCUCUCAGCUUUUAAGUGCCCAGAUAAAGAAGAAAACUCGGAGCAAGAGAUAUGUUCACCAAAUGCUUCCUUAGAGACUUUGCCUCUUAACUUUUUUGAUAUGACCAUGUCUGGCUUGAGUUACAACAUCUACAAUGCUGUCUAUGCUGUGGCUUGGGGUCUUCAUGAAAUGGUUAUGAGAAAAUUAGAGAAAAGAUCAAUGGCAAAUGAAGAAUAUCUAGUAUUUCAUUCCUGGCAGCUGCACUCCUUUCUGAAGAGCACCCAAUUUAACAAUAGUGCUGGCGACCAGGUAUUUGUGGAUGAAAAUAGAAUCUCUGAAGCUCAAUAUGCUAUUAUGAAUUAUUUGUUCUUUCCUAAUGACACUGAUAUUCUGGUGAAAGUGGGGCAGUUCAUUCCCAAGACUCAACUUGGUCAAGAUUUCACAAUUUGUGAGGACGCCAUAGUUUGGGGCUGGUGGAAUUCAGAGGUUCCCUGUGGAGUAUGCAGCAACAGUUGUAGUCCUGGAUUCAGGAAGACCCUUUCGGAAGGUGAAGCUACCUGCUGUUUUGACUGUUCCCCAUGCCCAGAAGGAGAGAUUUCCAGUCAGAUAAAUGCAGAGCAUUGUAUAAAAUGCCCAGAGUUUGAGUAUCCUAAUAAGCAGAGAGAUCGCUGCCUCCCCAAAAUUGUGACCUUCCUGAAUGUGAAAGAACCUUUGGGGAUGACUUUGGCCUUUGUGGCUGUUUUAUUCUCUUUGGUGACAGCUCUUGUUCUGUGGAUCUUUGUGAAAUUUCAAGAUACUCCAGUCGUCAAAGCCAAUAACCGGACCCUCAGCUAUACUCUUCUAAUUUCCCUUACCUUCUGUUUCCUCUGUUCCUUACUCUUCUUAGGCCAUCCUACAACUGCCACCUGUCUCCUCCAACAAACGGUAUUUGGAGUUGUGUUCACAGUGGCCAUUUCCUCCAUUUUGGCCAAAACCCUAAUAGUCAUUCUGGCUUUCAGGGUUAUAAGACCAGGGAGCUGGCUCCGGAUAUGCAUACAGCCUAGAAUGUCCAACUAUUUUGUUCUCAUCUGCUCAGGGAUUCAGGUGAUUUUCUGUAGCAUCUGGCUGGGAUCCUAUCCCCCCUUUCCAGAAGCAGACACGCACUCUGAAUAUGGCCACAUAGUCAUUAGAUGUAAUGAGGGCUCUGCCUUUGCAUUUUACUGUGUCCUGGGCUACAUGGGCUUUCUAGCCCUUGGAAGCUUUACUGUUGCUUUCCUAGCCAGGAAUCUGCCUGAUAGCUUCAAUGAAGCUAAGUUCAUCACUUUCAGCAUGCUAAUGUUUUGCAGUGUCUGGGCCUCUUUCCUGCCUACAUAUCAGAGUACCAAAGGGAAGGCCAUGGUGACUGUGGAGAUCUUCUCCAUCUUGGCCUCUAGUGUUGGAUUACUGGGAUGCAUUUUUAUUCCCAAAUGUUAUGUGAUCCUUAUGAAGCCAAAUAGGAACACGACAAGAACCAGAACAGAAAGCCAGAAGCAAAUCAAGAAUAAGCAAGAUGCCAGAAACAAGAUUUGUUCUGGAGCAUGGCCUUAA